AUGGAGAAUGGAAAGUACCAAUUGUUAGGAAGAUUCCUAUCAAUUGGUGCUUUCAUCAUUCCACCAGUCAUAAUCAGACAGCAUUUGUCCCUGCUUGACCUCCAAAAAGCAUAUGAUAUGCUUAAUUGGAAGGCUAUUAGUACCAUCUUGCUUGAGCUUGGGUUUCCUGAGGUCUUUGUCAAUUGGAUUAUGGCAGGUGUAUCCACUGUCUCUUAUAGAUUCAGUAUCAAUGAUGAUCCCUCAAAACUUAUGGUGGCAAAGAGAGGGGUUAAUCCUUCAAAAUGCAAUGUGUAUUUUGGUGCUGUCAGUGAGGAGGAGAAACAGAGUAUCCUUGUGAGCACUGGUUUCAAUGAGGGUCAACUGCCUUUCCGUUACCUUGGUGUGCCUCUCACCAGUAAGAAGAUGUCUUUGAAUCACUAUCUUCCCCUCAUUGAAAGGAUCCUGAGCAAGAUCCAUCACUGGAGUGCCAAACUGUUAAGUUUGGCUGGAAGGAUCCAACUUGUAAAAUCUGUCUGCACGGCCAUUGCAAGUUAUUGGAUGCAAUGUUUCUCGAUUCCCAAGUGUGUCAUACACAAAAUUCAUUCUGUUUGUCGCUCAUUCAUCUGGACAGGUGGUGAUACUAAUAGCAGGAAGAGCCCCGUGGCCUGGGACAAUGUGAGCAAGCCAAUCAAAUAUGAAGGGAUGGGAAUUAUCAAUCUGGAAAUGUGGAAUCAAGUAACCAUGCUCAAACUUCUAUGGAAUCUGAGUAAAAAAUAG